CGGUUUUUGCCUCUUGAGCUUUUUCCUUUUCUUCCGGAGGAGGAAAAAAAAUCCCAGAAAAGAGCGGAGGGAAGCCCGGGAGAGGGAGAGGGAGGCGGCAGCGGACUGAGAGGGGAGAGGAAGAUCACACACCCGGGCUGACACACAUAAACUCUGGAGGUUGAGGAUUUUCCCCUGCCUGUGAAUGAUGACCCCAAACCAUGUGGCUGACUGUCCCUCUGAGAGGUCUCUCUGUCACCUCUAACACCAGCAACCCCAGAAUUUUGUUUUACACAGCCAAUGUGAAUGCGAAGCACCCAUGAGGACAGAGGCAGUUCACUUGUUUUCAUGGCGAUAGGGAGAUGGAUGGCUAUCAGAUCUGAAGACAGCAAUGCUUUUCAAUGACCAUCUUUGAUCAUACUUACAGACUCAGUAUUGCCCACCAGGUUGGCGCAUUUAACGCGAGAGCUCUGGACUUCCUUCGAUCAGCAGUGAGCAGCUGCCUGCUAUGGAAUCUGGUCGGACAAGCAGAGACCGAGAGAAGGAGAAAGGGGAAGAAACGCGGCGAACUAACAAGCAGACAACGCGGAGUCCCCAUGGCACUCGCCCCGGCUCGAACCAGUCGUCUGGGGUGCUCAUGGUUGGACCAAACUUCAGGGUUGGCAAGAAGAUUGGAUGUGGAAACUUUGGGGAACUUCGAUUAGGUAAAAAUCUCUACACGAAUGAGUACGUAGCAAUCAAACUGGAACCCAUCAAAUCACGAGCACCCCAACUUCAUCUAGAAUACAGGUUUUACAAACAACUCGGGAGCUCAGCUGAAGGAGUUCCUCAAGUUUAUUACUUUGGACCAUGUAGUAAAUAUAAUGCCAUGGUGCUGGAGCUGCUGGGACCAAGUCUGGAAGACCUCUUUGAUCUAUGUGACCGGACAUUCACACUGAAGACUGUGCUAAUGAUUGCCAUUCAGUUGCUGAACCGAAUGGAGUACGUCCACUCAAAGAGCUUAAUCUACAGAGACGUCAAGCCAGAAAACUUUCUAAUUGGAAGGCAAGGCAAUAAAAAGGAACACACAAUCCAUAUAAUAGACUUUGGUUUAGCCAAGGAGUAUGUUGAUCCUGAUACCAAAAAGCACAUCCCGUACAGGGAACACAAGAGCUUAACGGGCACUGCAAGAUACAUGUCCAUCAACACUCACCUGGGCAAAGAGCAAAGCCGCAGAGAUGACUUGGAGGCUUUAGGACACAUGUUUAUGUAUUUUCUACGAGGCAGUCUCCCCUGGCAGGGAUUAAAGGCAGAAACGUUAAAAGAACGCUACCAGAAAAUUGGGGAUACGAAACGAAACACUCCGAUUGAAGUUCUCUGUGAGAGCUUUCCAGAGGAGAUGGCAACGUAUCUCCGCUAUGUGAGGCGGUUAGACUUCUUUGAAAAACCAGACUACCAGUAUUUACGCACACUGUUGACAGAUCUUUUUGAAAGCAAGGGCUACGCUUUUGAUUAUGCAUACGACUGGGUUGGCAGGCAAAUACCCACGCCGGUCGGACCCAGUCACGGGGAUCAUGGAGUAGGAAGAGAAAGCCACGCACACCGAGAAAAAGCCACGCAUCAGCAGCCACUCCGAAACCAGACAGGAGGAGCUGACCGCAGAGGAGCAUGGGAAAUUCAGCCAAAUCGGCAGCAAAAUCCUUCAUACCUGACCUCCCAGCUGGCAUCUGACAGACACGGAGGCUCAGUCCAGGUGGUCAGCUCCACGAAUGGCGAGCUCAAUGUUGAUGACCCAACAGCAGCACACUCCAGUGCACCAAUCGCAGCCCAGCCAGAGGUGGAACUUUCGGAAGAUACCAAGUGUUGCUGUUUCUUCAAGAGGAAAAGGAAGAAGAAUACAAAUAGGCAUAAAUGACUGCAGCUCUCAAGGACUGCGAGGUUCUGCUUGCAUGUUCAACUCCUUUCAAUUUGGAUGAAAAUGCCACGUGACUGGUUGAGAAGCUUCAGACUUGAUAUUUGUUUUGUAUAAUUUUUUUUUUGCCUGUGCCUGCGUGUCCUCCGCUGGGAAAGGAUUCUUUUUUUUUUCCCUUCAAACACUCAGGCUCAAUUGCACUUCUUAACAUGACAACCAACAUCCUGCGAGAAAGAUGGCCGGACAGACGCAGACACAAGUCCUGGGCUUUUCUCUUUUUCCUGGCUGCGGUUGAGGGGGGCGUUGGGUGGUUGUGGGGGUGGGGGAAGGGUGGGGGUAGAACCCGGGUGAAUAACCCCCAAUCCCACCCCAAGACCACAAACCGAGAUGAACUGUGGGGUGAGAGACUUGUUCUGGGCACAAAUAGACUCAGCGUGGAGAUGCCCACCCAGAGGAUUGAAGGGUCAGCCAAACUGACAAGGGCAGAUUACAGGUGCAUUUGUUGCAAAAAAAAAAAGUGGUUGUUCUAUUUUGUGAUGUAGCAUAUAAGCUGUGAGAAAUUUACAAUUACUGUUUUUCUCCCCCUCCCUCCCCUCGUUACUCCUUGACCUGGUUUGCAAUUGUCAGGUGUCGGCAGAUGUAUUGUGUGUAUGCCGGCUGAAGCAAUUUUUUAAAGAAAAGGAGUGGGCUCUUUUGCUUUCUUAAGGUGCACUUAAUGUUGGGGCGGAUGUAUGUGUGUGUUUAUGUCACUGACAUUGAGAAUCGAUCAAACGCAAUGUGGAUUGUGAACAUGCACUGGCUGUUAGUCAUUUCCAAGCCAGUACUGCCACUUUUAAAUGUGUUUUUAGUUGAGAUGUUUGACGGUUAUAUCCAAAGAGCACUGUUUCUGAUGAAACAUUACAAAGUGAAAACAGCAUUAAUUCCUCCCCUCCUGCCCUUGCUCCUAAUGACAAGCGGGUGCCUACAAAUGUCACCAGCUUCUGGUUUAAGAACAACUGCGAAUCGGUUGCCAAAACUAAUGGACAGCUUAUUACUUACGUUUUAGGUUGUUUCACUGGACACAAUAGAAAGUAGGUAUUAACACUGCAUGUGGUGGUAUCUUCCCGAAGGAUACACUCUUCUGACUCCGGCCUGCUGCGCUCAAAGCUUUUCUAUAUCUAUCUCCCUCAUUGCGGUUACUGUAGGACUGUUCAUCUUUCUAAGGUCCCAACAAUUGGUGUUCUGUUCAGAACAUGCAAGCACCAACGUGAAAGGAUUAAAUUCAUUGGGAUGUUUCUAGUGUUUUGAC